AUGGCAACAAUCUUUGAUAUUUUGAAAACAUUAAAUAAUAAUAAUAAUAAUAUAAAUAAUAAUAAGAUUGAAAGUUGUAAACGACAAUACACAGUUAAUAAAAGAAUUGAUAUAAUACCAUCAAUGGAUGUAACCAUGACAAAUGAUAAAUUAAUCAUUGAAACAGAACUACCAGGUGUUUCAAAGAAUGAUAUCGAUAUUAAUAUUAAAGAUUCAAUUCUCAUCAUUCAAGGUGAAAAGAAAAAUAACAUAAUCAAACUACAACAACAACAACAACAACAAAGUGAAAAAUCAUCUCAAUCUACAAACAAUAAAGAUGAUGAUGAACCAUCAAUUGAAGAAUAUGAAGAUGAUACUAAAUUAAAGUCAAAUUUAAAUAAAAAUACUGAAAAUAAGGAUGAAAAUAAAACAACAAGUUCAAUAACCAAUAAAAAGUUUAUAUCAGAAAGAUCAUUUGGCAAUUUUAAGAGAUAUUUAAAUCUUUCAGAAAUAUUAUACCAAUUAGAUUUAAAUUCAAUCAAUACUCAAUUUGAAAAUGGUUUAUUAACAAUUACAAUUAAUAAGAAAUCUGAUAAUUUUCAAAUAAAAUUAAAAUCAAUAUAA